AUGUCGAUGGAUCUGGAUGCCCCCGUCUAUUUUGCGCAGCAGGAGAAAGUCGCAGCGACAAUUCUCUGUUGCAACUGUGGCGCUGCCAUUGAUGGAACACUCUCAGCUGGAGCCCUAUGUUCGGAUUGCAUUCGUCUUACUGUCGAUGUUGCCGGAGGUGUGCAACGCGAAGCGGUGAUUCACUGCUGCAGAGAUUGCGAACGGUGGCUGCAGCCACCCAACAGCUGGGUCGUCGCAGCUCUCGAGUCGAAGGAACUACUCGCCAUUUGUCUACGCAAGCUCCGUGGUCUGAACAAAGUCCGAAUCAUCGAUGCCAGUUUCAUUUGGACAGAGCCUCAUUCGAAAAGAUUGAAGCUGAAGAUCACCAUACAAACGGAGGCCUUCCAAGGCACUAUCAUACAGCAACAAUUCGAGGUUGAAUAUGUUGUUGCCAAUCAGCAGUGCUCAGGCUGCCAGCAAAGUUACACGCACAACACUUGGGGCGCAAGUGUGCAGAUACGACAGAAGGUUCCUCACAAGCGGACCUUUUUGUAUCUGGAACAGUUGAUCCUCAAGCACAACGCCCAUAAGGAUACUAUCAACAUCAAGGAAGUGAACGAGGGACUUGAUUUUUACUUCUCAAAGAGGAAUGAGGCCGAGCGCAUGCUUUCCUUCUUAGAGUCUGUGGUGCCUUGCAAAACCACACGAUCGCACGAACUCGUCUCCAUGGAUAUUCAUACGAGUAAGAGUGUCUACAAGCACUCGUGGUCCGUAACUAUUGUUCCUAUUUGCAAGGAUGACCUGGUUGCUCUACCGAUUAAGCUGGCCCGCUCAUUGUCUGAUAUAAGCCCGCUUGCUAUCUGCCACCGAGUCGGCACUUCUAUUAACCUUAUGGACCCUUGCACUCUCCGGACAACCGAUCUUCCUACUAGCACUUACUGGCGCCAGCCAUUCCCGAAUCUUGCAGAUACCACCGAGCUUAAGGAAUUCAUCGUUUUGGACAUUGAAUCCACCGGUCAUUCUAAUGGUCGUUACCUUCUGUCCGAGGCCACCGUUGCUCGUGCCUCGGAUCUUGGAUCUAAUGAUAUCACCUAUUUCACACGGACUCACCUCGGUGGUAUCUUACACGUGGGUGAUUCCGUCCUCGGCUACCACUUGACGGGAACCCAGUUCAACAACGAUCAAUUCGAAGCAAUUGAGAAUAGCCACCAGUACAGCUCAACAAUCCCAGAUGUGGUUCUUAUCAAGAAGCACUACGUCCGCAGCAAGAAAUCCAAGGCUCGCACCUGGCGCUUGAAGCGCAUGGCUCGCGAGCACGAGGAGGAGGCGACUGCCGCUGUAGUCAAUGUUCCUACAAACAAGCGCCAAGAGCAGGAGCAGGCUAGGAUGGAACAAGAUUACGAAAUGUUCUUGCGUGACGUCGAGGAGGAUCAGGAGUUGCGUCAAACUCUUGAUCUGUACAAGAACCGCCAGUACCAGGUCAGGGCAGACCAAAUGGAUGAGGACGGCGAUGAUGACAUGGAUGAGGAGGGACACGCUGUGCCGAAAAUCAACAUGGAUGAGCUGCUUGAUGACUUUGAUGAUUUGAACAUGGAGGACAAUUAG